AUGAACAUUGAUGCCACUGAAAUUCCGCUGGAGCCGUUGACUGAAGCGGCGGGUGACUGCACCAUCAACCAAGACAUAAGGUCUUGGAUAGACUCGCUAACCGUGUUUGUCAGCUGGCCUGGGCGAGGCGGACCACUGCGAAAAGGAGCGAGUUACAUCCAUGGCGUGCUGGACUUUUACUCACCAUUGCCGUUGCUGGGAAAAAAAGACGCCAACUCAUGCGGUAUUGACGCCGCUUUACGAGGCAUUGAUUUUGAAGCAUCUGAGUGGAGACGUGAUGACACCUUUGGCAUAGCACCAUCCCUCUCUGGAAGGGGUGCGUGCAGGAUAAUCGAGGAAGCGCCUGCCGCUCCUCAGAAGUCUCGGUGGACAUCAAUGGUGCUUCGCCAAGUUGGUGUUGCAUCAGCUCGUCUUUUGCACACACCUUAUACAGCAUUGACCCUUGCUCUUGCAGUGAGCAGCCGUGCAGGUUUUUGUUGGAGAGGUCUUUGCUGGAUGACGCGACUGAGGGAUAUACGAUCGUACUUUCGCAUUGGCCUGUGCAGCACCAGCUUCUCCUUGUGA